UCCGCGAGGCGAGAGCGCAUGCGCCGCAGGGGCCUCGGCUUGCAGCAGCAGCAGCCGCUGGAGCAGGAGCCGCGGCAGCAGGACCGGCUGCAGGACCGGCUGCAGGAGCGGCGGCGUCGCCGUGCCCGGCGAGCGCUGCCAUGCCCAGCCACCACCCCGGCCGAAGAAACCAGCCCCUCCAGUGAUCGUCCCGCCCCUGCCUCCGUCCGCUCGCCCCGUCCCCAAAAGCCUCGCCCGGGCCGGCCCUUCCCAGCCGUGCACGGAGAGACCCACCCCCACCCACCAUCCCCCCCCCGACGGUGCGACGGUGAGCGGGCCGGAGGGCCGCAGCGAGGAUGGAAGGGGGAGCCUACGGCGCCGGGAAAGCCGGAGGAGCCUUCGACCCCCAGACCUUCAUCCGCCAGCCUCACACCGUGCUGCGCCUGGUGUCUUGGGUCUUCUCCAUCGUGGUCUUUGGCUCCAUCGUGAACGAGGGCUACUUGAACCACGCCUCCGAGGAGGAGGAGUUCUGCAUCUACAACCGCAACCCCGACGCCUGUAACUACGGGGUCACGGUGGGCGUCCUCUCCUUCCUCAGCUGCGUGGUCUACCUAGCACUGGACAUCUACUUCCCCCAGAUCAGCAGCGUCAAGGACCGCAAGAAGGCCGUCAUCUCCGACAUCGGGGUCUCGGCCCUGUGGGCGUUUCUCUGGUUCGUCGGCUUCUGCUUCCUGGCCAACCAGUGGCAGGCCUCCAAGCCCGAAGACAACCUCCUGAACGAGGGGACGGACGCUGCCCGGGCCGCCAUCGCCUUCUCCUUCUUCUCCAUCUUCACCUGGGUGGGCCAGGCGGUCCUGGCGUUCCAGCGGUACCGGAUCGGCGCCGACUCGGCCCUCUUCUCCCAAGACUACACGGACCCUAGCCAGGACGCCAGCGUGCCUUACGCACCCUACGCCAGCGAGCCGGAAGCGGGGCCCGCCGGCGGCGGAGGCUCGUACCAACAACCUUUCGACGCCGAGACCCAGGGCUACCAGACGCAGGGGUACUGAGGCGGGGGCGGGGUGGGGGGGGGAGACGGAUCUCUCUCCACUCUCCCCCUUCCCCCCGAGUGAGGGGCGCUUGGGGUGUCCACAGGCAGGAGUCCCGGUCUUCCCCAGUUGUUUGCGUUGAUUUAUUUAUUAUUAGAACACAUAUUCUCCCCCAUUACCCCCUUAGGUGAAACGGUUUGCUCCGGACGAUUUUGCCGAGUGUGACUGAGAGGAGGGACUCCCUUCUUGGACCCUGGGUUCCCCACAGACCAGCAGGGAGAGCCUGGGGUCGGGGGGGUUGGGGGAGACAGUGGGAAAUACCCCAAGAGGAAGGCCACAGUUGGGGGAGGAAAAGCCCUCGCAGGCUUAGCCCGCGGGGUCAGAGGUGGGCAAGAGGAGGGAGUGUUUGGGCCUGUUUGAAGGGCAGGGGGAGGGCAAUUAGAAGAGUCGGUGAGAAGCUGGUCCAGGAGAGAUUAGAGGAGGGUGGGGCAGGCGUAGAGAAACAGAGGGGCCUCUUCAGGCCCACCUCCUGCCCCGGGCUGGGGGUUAGGGUGGAUGUAGAGUGUGUGUGAUGGUGGGCAAGUGGGGUCGCCUGAGAGGGAGAGGUGGAAGGGAGCGACGACAGCAGAGGAUCCCUCCAGGCCACCGAGGUGAGACACUCCCCUGUGUGUGGGUGGGCGAGCGGGCUAUGUUUCCUCCUCUUCCGCUUCCGGCUCGAACGCUGUUGGGGUCUGGCGCACCCUGCAUUCUUACGUUCAUUAGAUUCCUACCUAAGGGUGGCUCUUCCCACCAUGCCGCCUUCUGGAGGGACCCAGUGGGGGGCGGGGAGCGGAGCGCCUUCUCUAAUCAACCCUCACCCCCAUCUCUCCGUGUCCCGGUUGGGUUGGUUCAUCUCCCCCUCAGACGCCGGCUUCCCGAGCCGGCGGCCGCGGUCACUCUGACUGGUUGCCGGAUCCCAGCUUGGGGGUCGGUGUGAGGAGGCCGUGGGUGAGGCUCUCCCUGCCGACCUGCUCCGGCCAAUCCCACCUCCCGCUGGAAGGAGGCCGUCCCCAACCCAGGGCCCCAAGGGGCAAAGAAAAAUCUCUUCUUUAUGGCUAGUGAAAAUCACGUUGGGCUCGCCAGGCCCUGUGCCCACCAGAGCACUGCGGACCUCCUGCCCACCCCCACCAGGUUCUCCUUCCCCCUCUGUCCCCUUCUCCCCCUGCCCGCCCUCCCAGACAAGAGUCCUUCGCCGGCUUUGGUUUUGUAGGAUCUUGAGGCCAAUCCCAUGUCUGGGCAGAGCGAGCCCUCGACCGGCACCAUGGGUGGCGGGCUUCCGGUAGCCCGAUCCACACCUUACCAGUGGCCUGGAAGUGGGCCGGGCCUUUGGGACUUCUAACUGUAGCAAACUCGUUUCCUCUUUCCUGCCUCGUUCCAACUUUCUCCCUCUUACUCCUUCCUUAUCCACACCCGGAGACCUGCAAUCAGAGGUGUCGAGCGUGUCUGUGAAUUCCGUGGUCUCCACAGACACCUCCUAAGAAAUAGCUUAUUUCUGCCACCUCCUCGUUCCUGUCCGUGGCCCCCGGAAUCUCUUCCUCUCUCCUCCCCCUCCUCCCUCUCCCUCUUUCCCCUCCCUACCUACCUGUCUGUCUCUCCUUAGCCCCGCCACUUCAGGGGCGCCGUCUUGUAGAUGGGCAGAGAUGGGCGGGAGGGGAAUGAGCUACUUUGCCAUCUCUCCUAUAGCAGAGCUGUGUCCCUCAGAGAUUUGGGACGAUUUCAGUGUUAGUCUAAGGGGCCUGGAGCAAGAGGGUGUUGGGGGGCGGUCUGAAGACCCCUACCUGCCCUUUCCUUCCCCCCACCCCUCCACUGUUCCCCAAAGCUGUCCUGGGCCAGCCCUCUCUCUGGUCCUGUCGCUCACCCAGGGAAACGGCAGGGUGAGAGCGAAUUGACUAGAAUUUCCUGAUCACCAGCCCACAUCCGUGCUGUAUCACUCGAGUAGAAGGUAGAUACCUCGGUUUCCCCUUUCCCAGUAUCUCCUCGUUCGACUUCCCGGUCCCCCCGUCCGCGUCCCCCGGUUCACCGACCCCUGCCGCCCUUCUCCCUAACAGUCUGUCCCAGAUCCUCGUCUCCCACGGGAAUCUUUCUUCCUGCGGGCCCUGUUGUGAGGAGGCUGGAGGUGGAGGAUCCCUGUGUGUGUGUGGUGGGGGGGGAGGAGGGUGUUGGGGGCGGGGGAUGCCCUUGGACCUUGAAGGAUCUGUCUAGCCUAGCUCCAUCCCAUCCUUGUGCCGUUCCUAGCUCCAAUCUGGGGGCCCCUCGCCCCUUCCACUCCGCAGCAUUACUGCCUGUGUAUAGUAUAAAUAUAUAUAUAUUUUCUAUAUAUAAGAUGUAUGAUAUAAGUCUAUACAAAUAUCUAUAUAUGACGUUUGUGUAUGGUGAAGGCUGUUCAGUUCCUUUUGGGUGCUGUAGACUAUACACCUGAUCUUCCCCGGCGGGCGUGUGUCUCUUUCCUCCCCCUCCCCACCGCAACAUCCCUCUGUCUCUCUCGGUCUCUCCCCACCACCCCUCACCCCUAUCCUUGGCUGUCCAGUCCGGUCUGUGGAGUGAAUUGGAAUGACCACCACCCCCCCCCCCCCCCGGCCCCCUGCCAUCUUGGCACCUGUGUUUCCGGCGUCCUGUAUCUCUGUGGUGAACCAAGUGAAAGUGGUGACUUCUGGUGACUUCUCAAUAAAGUGAAAACACGUAAAGCCCAGGGACGGUC